AUGAGAGGGCAGUAAUAAAAUUAACUUUUCCAAACUAAGUAAUGUGAUCAAGAUCUGCUUUAGAUUGAUUAUAAAUGCAGUAAGAGGUUAUUCUCUUUGAAGGAGAGAGUCAAUUCAAAUAAUAAUAACACUUCCUUUAUGACAUAAAAUUUAAAUUAAUCUUAUUAAAGAGCUGAUUUAAAAAUGGAGACCGCCUAAAAUCAAUUUACUCCAAUUACUCAUUUGCAAGUUCAAAGUAAACAGGAUUCGGCAAUAGAGAGACAGUUUUAAGAAGUUUAUUAAUCAUCAUAAGAAAACAACAAAGAACUUUAUAAUAUUAAAUGCAUUCAUAAAAUAAAAAAGGAGAAUUAAUAUUCUUCAUAAAAGAAAAGGAAAACCUAAAAACGACCUUUUCAAUUAACUAGAAUCCCAGAAUGCUCAAGAGCAGCCAACAUAACCUUGAUAUUUAGAGAAAGUGAAAAAAGCAUGGAACUCAAAGAUUACUCUUUGAAUUUGAUAAAUACAUGCUAUCAAUUGAAACAAUAGAUUCUAUGUGAAUUACUACAAAAACAGCUUUUCAUAACUCAAAAAAUUUAAGGAUAUAUUGAGUGCUCUAGAAUAUUAGUAAAUGGAAACAUAUUUGAAGAUUAGAUGUUACUUAAUGAAAUCAGACAUCCUAUAUUGAUUGAGAUAUUUUAGUUUAAGACUCCAAAUUUCAACCAAGAUUAUCACUAUUAGUUCAAUCAUGAGUAAGUCUACCAAAAUUAGUAUGAUGGUUUAAGAGUGUAAAAUUUAUAAAUUAUGUAUAAUAAUAAGCAAAUAAAUUGGUCAGGAGUUGUUGACAUUUCUCAUAUUGAUUUUGAGGAGAUUUUGAAAUUAGAAAAUGGCUAUGAAUUAUACAAUAUUAACAAGUUGGGUUAUUUUAGGAUACCAAAUCAAGGAAAAAAGUUGAAUUGCAAACGAAUGGUUAAACUUAAUGUCCCUGAGGAAUUGCUCAUACUGACAACUGAUGACAAUGGAAAUAAAGAUAAAUCAUACUUGAUGAGGAAGUUAUCUGAACAAUGUAAACUGUUGAAUUAAGAGUUUGUAAGUUUAGAUAAUGAAAGUAGAUAUUAUGAAUUCAUUGAACUAUGA